CUUUGAAUAAUAAUAACCCAUUUUUUUCUUUCUUUCUAAACUCUAUUAAAUUAUUUUAUUUUCCUCUGUUUAUCGCUUUCCCUCUCCUUCGACUUUCUCUCCAGAAACAACAUUUUAGAAGUGAAGACUCUCGUAAUUCUGAUUUCUCCAUCAAAUUUUUGACUUCUCUGUGAAUAAAUACAAAUUCGAAGAGAAAGAUUGUUUGAAAUUUGAAGGAGGAAAUCGUUUGAGAUGGCAAACCAAGGAGGUUCGUCCAGGAAAAGCCUCUCCUUCUCUGGUCAUUCAUUUCAAGGGAGGAAGAAAGCUUCCGAUAAAAACGAAGGUGGAGGAGGAGGAGUAGGCUCUGAGCUCCCACGGAGAUCUCUCACAUCUUCUCGUUCUUCAAUAAGCUUGAGUGGAGAAAGGAGUGGAGAGAGGACUGUAAAGCGAUUAAGGUUGUGUAAAGCCCUUACCGUACCUGAUAGCACAACUUUAUUUGAAGCUUGCCGAAGAAUGGCUGCACGUCGUGUUGAUGCGUUAUUGCUGACUGAUUCUAAUGCAUUACUCUGUGGGAUCCUUACAGACAGGGACAUAGCAACAAAAGUGAUUGCUAAAAAGCUCAACCUUGAAGAAACACCUGUAUCUAAAGUUAUGACCAAGAACCCUGUCUUUGUUUUGUCUGACACUAUUGCUGUGGAAGCUCUUCAAAAGAUGGUGCAAGGCAAGUUUAGACAUUUGCCUGUGGUAGAGAACGGAGAAGUUAUCGCGCUCCUCGAUAUAGCAAAGUGUUUGUAUGAUGCGAUUGCGCGAAUGGAAAGAUCGGUCGAGAAGGGUAAGGCCAUCGCCGCGGCUGUUGAAGGCGUCGAAAAGAAUUGGGGGACAUCCAUUGCUGGACCAAACACUUUCAUGGAGACACUUAGAGAACGAAUAUUUAAGCCUUUGCUUUCAACAAUAAUUCCCGAGAAUACAAAAGUUUUGAAGGUUGGAUUGGAAGAGACGGUGUUAGGAGUAACGAUGAAGAUGGUGGAAUAUCAGUCUAGCUCAGCCAUGGUGAUGGUUGAGAACAAAUUAGCAGGGAUUCUCACUUCAAAGGACAUCUUAAUGCGAGUGAUAGCCCAAAAUCUUCCUCCAGAGACGACCACUGUGGAGAAGGUCAUGACACAAAACCCAGAAUCUGCAACAGUUGAUACGGCAAUUGUUGACGCCUUGCAUAUCAUGCAUAAUGGAAAAUUUCUUCACCUUCCUGUAUUAGAUAAAGAUGGAGAUGUUGUCGCUGUUAUUGAUGUAAUCAGCAUAACUCAUGCCGCUGUUACUACGUUUUGGGAUUCGGCUAUGGCUUUGUCUCCUAACGAAGAUGGAGAAGAAACAACGAGGAGUGAAGAAGAAUCAUUGAAGUUGUCUUCGGAGAUAGAAGGGACAAAAUCAUUCUCAUAUCCCAACACAUUUAAUUUCAAACUUCAAGAUAAAAAAGGACGGAUGCAUAGAUUCAUGUGUGAAACACAGAGCUUAGCAACUCUCAUAACUGCAAUACUACAGCGGAUGGGGGAUGACAUUGAGCCUGAUAACUUGCCUCAGAUAAUGUACGAAGAUGAAGACAAUGACAAAGUCAUUUUGGCGUCAGAUGGUGAUCUUGGAGCUGCCGUAGAUCACGCGAAAUCAAUAGGCUGGAAGGGCUUAAAAUUACAUUUGGACUACAUAGAAGAGAGAGGGCACAUGAGUGGUUUAAAAUCAGAGAAUAUGGACUCUGAGCAAUCAAACUCAUGGGCAGCUGCUUACAGAACAGUUGCGGCCGGGGCUGCUAUUGCCGCUGGAUUUGGAGUUUUGGUGUACCUUAAACGCCACUCAAACUAACUAAUUUAUUUUAUUGGAGAUACACAAGGAGAAUUGCCUUUUAAAGCCUAAGCUUGGGAAAUAGUAUAACUCUUCAAUUAUUUGUAUUCUCGUUGAUUUUUGAUCUUGUUACAUAUUUGAUAUAUAUAAAUUUAAUCAUUCAAAUGUAUAUAAAUAAGUAUAAAUUUAUUUGUAUUGAACAUUUCUUGUUUGAGAUACAUCAUUGGAUAUUUAAAAAAAAAAUCAAAUUUUCCCUCACGAA